CAGAACUCCGUUGCUAAGCCAGCUAGCGAACGUUCGAUAGCAUUCUACGUCACUGGCGGCGGGGUAACCAAGGUGUUCAGAUGUCCUACUGGGUCUGCUGCAACUCCUGCUUCCUGCCCCCCAGUGCUGAGAGGAAGCUGGCUGUCACGACCUGUGGCCAUGUCCUCUGUAGUGUGUGUUAUCAGAAAGGCAAACCAGGCAAGUGUUUAAUAUGCAGUGCCAAAUGCCACGUAUCACCUCUGUCUGACAAAAGCAGUUCAGAGGUGAAGGCUCUGUUCUCCGACAUCAACUAUGUGGCAACCAAACACAUCACGGAAAUCAGCAAAGUUAUAAUGUUCCAGGCAAGACAUCAAAAGAGACUAGUGACUCACUACCAGCAAAGGAAUGAGAAUUUAGAAGAGGUAUUAGUCAAAAUGAAGAAAGAAAUGCAGCAGAUGGCAAAGAAGCUGAAUGAACAAAGCGCCUACAUCUCUAAGCUGGAAAACUCUCUCCAGCAUCAAAGUGCUAAAGUUUCAUCAUUGCCUCAGAUGAGCCACAGUUCCCACACUCCGCAUGGACAAAAAUCAGUCCUACAGAUCCCGUAUCACUCCCCCAUGUCCCUCUCCAGACACUCCUCGAUGACUAAUAUCACUGAAAACAUGGACGUGGAUGAAAGGAGUCUGUUCAGGAAACCGAACACUGUCCCCAGACUGUCAUUAAUCAGUCCUCCACAAGACGGAAGAAUGGGUACCGUCCCUCACAGGUCGUCCAACCAGAACAUGUUGGCCAACCAUUCGGCUCGCUCAUCUACAGUCAGUCGUUUUCAAGGAUCUCCGAUGACCCAUGAUAUUUCAUACGGCCAGAGUUCUGGAUGGAAGUCUCCCUUCUUCAAACCUCUCUCCUCCUUCAGACACAAUAUGUCCUCCCUGGUCAGCCCUCCUCCUAAUCAAACACACACAUAAACUGUCAUGAAGCCUUUAGAGGAAAUACACCUAGCCACUGAAGUGUGUAUAAAGGUAUUCAUGUCUCUCACUGCCUGAAAUGAGUCACCAAUGAGUUUGUGUGUUGUUUUUACAACCCUGGAAUCACAGGUGAAAUGAAAUGUAUUCGGCUUGUAUCAUACUUUACAUAAAUGACUUAACUCAGAUUCUGUUUUGUUGAAUUGGCUCAAAAUCAAUUAAAGUGGUG